AUGUCCAAUCGCCGAGACGAUGAUUUGGCCUACGGAGAUUAUCAUGGUCAAGAAGGCGGAGGCGGAGAGGGAGAUCGUGGGCUGAUAGGCGACGUGGGUAGGCGGUUCUUUGGCGGCAAGAAAGAGAACACUCAGCAGCAGCAAUCUUCCUCGAAUCAAGGCGGCGGCAUGUCGUUCUUCAACAAGCUCCAUGAUCCUCUCCACGGCUUCGUCUCCGACCUCAAGGACGCAAUCUCAGGAAAAGAGGAUUCGCAGAACAAGCCUCCUCAUGGCGGAGUUGAACAGCAAGGAGGACAGGCGCCGCAGCCAGGUCAGGAAUACCAUAGUGAACAUCGAUUCCUGAGCUUCGCGCCCGAACGGCAUGGCAACGAGACCAAGUGGUACGUUGAUGGAUGCUCUUAUAUGUAUGCGGUAAGCCUGGCAUUGGAGCGUGCCAAAGAGUCCAUAUGGAUCUUGGAUUGGUGGCUCUCCCCUGAGCUGUACCUGCGACGCCCUCCAGCGAAGAACCAGCAGUAUCGACUUGACCGAAUGCUGCACGCUGCAGCAGAGCGCGGUGUUAAGGUCAAUAUCAUUGUAUACAAGGAGGUGACCCAAGCUUUGACUCGUAAGUUGCUGAAUCCAACAUUACCCAACUAUCUUCAUUCUCUCCUACCGAGCUCUACCGACAGGUUCACCCAUAGCCUCACUCGACUUGGGCUAGAUGUCAUCUUCAAAUCGCUUGAAGUGUGGGAAGAGACAGACCCGCUGAUUGCACCACCUAUUACAGUCUCCUCAGCUCAUACCAAGCACAAUCUGGAAGAGCUUCACCCCAACAUUGGCGUAUUUCGACACCCCGAUCAUCUGCCAGAUGCAGCAGUGCUGCAAUCUUCGUUCUUGUCCUCGCUUCAGAACAUGUCAUUCACUCCAGCAAAGCUGGCACAACUCCCUGGAGAUGGACUCAAGGCAAUCUAUGGAGCUCAUAAUGGAACAGUAAUGUUCUGGGCACACCACGAGAAGCUUUGCCUUAUCGAUGGUCAAACCGCGUUCAUGGGAGGUCUCGACCUCUGCUAUGGCCGUUGGGACACCAACCAGCACGCAAUUGCCGAUGCGCAUCCUGGAAACGUUGAUAGGAUAGUGUUUCCAGGCCAGGACUUCAACAACGCCCGAAUGUUAGAUUUCAACGAUGUCACCAACUGGGAGAACAACAAGCUCGACAGAACAGAAAGCUCUCGCAUGGGCUGGUCUGAUGUUGCACUCUGUCUAGGUGGCCCCGUAGUACAAGAUCUCCGCACCCACUUUGCACAACGCUGGAACUUCAUUUACGAUGAGAAGUAUAGCAAGAAAGCCACUAGGUACUCAAGAAUACCUGACACAGGUAGCGGUGCUCAGCAGGGCGGGGUUUAUCCGCCUCCAUCUCAACAACGUGGGCUCGAAGGCGAGGAAGAUGGUCAACGCGGAUUUGGCGGCGACGAGGACGGUGAACGAGGGCUGUUCGGCCACGGCCACGGGGGAGGCCUGCGCCAGAAGCUGCAGAGCAAAAUCAGCCAAUAUGGACAUGAAGAAGGAUCAUAUCAAGGCACUCAGCAGUCACAUUCUGAACACAGCUCCCAGCAAGGUGGCGCGGACUGCCAAAUUACACGCAGUUCUGCAAAAUGGAGCCAUAACCUGAUCGCUACCGAGCAUUCGAUUCAGAACGCCUACGUUGAGAUCAUACGUGACAGCAAGCACUUCGUCUACAUUGAGAACCAGUUCUUCAUCACCGCUACUGGUGAACAACAGAAGCCGAUUAAGAACCAGAUUGGCGCGGCCAUGGUCGAGCGUAUAAUCCGAGCUGCUCGCAACGGUGAGAAAUACAAGAUGAUGAUUAUGAUCCCCGCUGUUCCAGCGUUCGCUGGCGACCUCAAGCUCGACGGUGCGCUGGGCACGCGAGCGAUUAUGGAGUUCCAAUACGACUCGAUAAACCGCGGUGGUCACUCUAUCUACGAAGAAAUCGCUCGAGCAGGUGUUAACCCAAUGGACUACAUCCGGUUCUAUAAUCUUCGCAGCUAUGAUCGCAUCAACGGUAGUAAGGUCAUGCGUGAGGCUGAAGAGCGCAGCGGCGUAUCGUAUACACAGGCCCAAGAGGGUUAUGAUGCGACGCACGACAACGCUCGGGACUAUCAAGCUUAUCGCCCGCCACCCACCGCCGAGUAUGGUGUGUACGAGCUAGAUGGCUCCUCUGGCGGCGCACCUGCGCAGAACCAGCAGUAUGAUGCCGGCCCGCAAAGCCAAGGCAACCCCAACGAUUAUGACCGCUAUCAGCAUGAAGCUGCCAAGAUUGGGGGCCGACAAGGCCUUGGUGACGGACGCUGGGACACUGUUAGCGAGUGCUACAUGCUUGGUGGGGAAGACAUUCGCAAUGUCCCUUGGGAAGGUGGAGCAAUGGACGAGAUGGACGCAUUCGUCUCUGAGGAGCUUUACAUUCACAGCAAGCUUCUGAUUGCUGAUGAUCAAACCGUCAUCUGCGGCUCGGCCAACCUCAAUGACCGUUCCCAACUUGGGGACCACGACUCGGAGAUCGCAGUCAUUAUCCGAGAUCCAGAUUCGAUCGAGUCGUACAUGGACGGACGACCAUGGCGCGCAUCUAAGUUUGCCUCUUCCCUGCGAAGAGAAAUCUUCCGGAAGCAUCUCGGCCUGCUCAAGCCUCAGGACAUGGAGCAUCCAGACCCGAACUACGAACCCGUCGGUAUUCCGAAUGUGUACGACUGGGGCUCGAAUGAGGAUAGACAGGUCGCAGAUCCACUGUCGGACGAAUUCCAGAAUCUGUGGAACUGGCGCGCGAACACGAACACACAAGCCUUUGGCAAGUUGUUUCACCCAGUACCGAGCGAUGAAGUUAGGAACUGGAAGCAAUACGACGAGUACUAUUCUAGAUUCUUCGGGCAAGACGAGAAAGCCAAGGAGAACAAGAAGCCCAGCUUGUACAAGUGGGGCCAUGUAGUUGCAGAGAACUUCAGCCAGGGUGAGCAGGGUGUGCGCGAGGUCAAGGAGGUAUUGAGCACCAUCAAGGGAACGCUUGUGGAGAUGCCACUGCUUUUCUUGAAGGAGGAAGACAUUGCGCAGGAAGGCAUGGGACUAAAUGCUAUCACUGAGGAGCUGUAUACUUAA